AUGUCUUCCAACCUCGCUCGUCAUACUGUUUGGAUUGCUGUAAGCGUAACGGAAUGUUUCCAUGAGUUGCCGUUUCAAAGCUUCUUGAUAAAGCUCCGAUUUAAAACAGGGGCUAGUGGAGAAUCCUCAGCUGCUCAGCCUAACGCGUUCAGAGACGCAACAGAGGAAAGCACGCAGAGGAACACGGAGGCAAGUGCUGAAAAUACCCAGCUUUACUUAUGCUGCUUUUUACGCCGAAUUUCAAAUACCGUUUGUUGCUCUUCUCUCGUUGUAACUAUUAGCAAAACAAGUUCAGGUGAUUGUAACGAUGUUCUACAAACUUGUGUAACUGCGAAAUCGUACUGCUAUGAUCUGGCUUACCUAAACCUGAUGAAACAACAAUGCCGCAAAACCUGUAAAUUUUGCCCAGAAACUUGCAAUGACACUAAUACCAAAUGUGCGAACAGCUUGAGUUAUUGUCAUGAUCCCUUCUAUGGAGACCUUAUGGGGAAUACUUGGCGUCGUAGCUGCAAGUUCUGCGGAGGUACUUCUGAAGACGAGUUGACAAAUUGCGCACAAAACAAACAGCUUUGUUUCAAUUUGGCAUAUAAGAAGCUCAUGAACAUCAAAUGCUUGAAAACAUGUAGAGUUUGUUAAUU